CCCUGUCACAGUCCUGCAACCCUCCUCUGCUGGUGGACCCUCCUCAGUCUGUCCUCAGUCCGUCAUGCCUGGUAGCCAGGCCCGCAGUCGGGCCAGAGACCGGAGCAAUGUCCUGAACCGACCAGAGUUUAUGUCCCUAAACCAGCCAUCUCGCAGAGAGCAGGUGGCGGGGGAGGGCCGGGGAGGAGGGGGUGGUCCGAGGAAACCCGUUUUCAGACAGCAGAGUCAGCAGGAAGAUGCAGGAGGGAGGGGGUCCAGAGAGUCCUCUGACAGGGCAGAUGCAGCAGAUGGGGGGAUGAAAGAUGUGUCCCGCUGGCCAGAGCAGGACUGCAUGCAGCUGAACCCGACGUUCAGAGGCAUAGCCCUCAGCUCCUUGCUCGCCAUUGACAUCAGCCUGUCCAAGCGUUUGGGCAUGUGCGUUGGGGCCCACAGUGCCGGGGCCCCUCUGCGCUCCAUUGUGAGUCUGCUGGCCCUCACAGGACACGCCCUCCCCUGGAUCUGUGGGACUCUGUUCUGCCUGUGGAGGAGCAGCACUCUGGCUGGACAGGAAGUCCUCAUUAACCUGCUGCUGGCCCUGAUCCUAGACCUGAUGACGGUUGCCGGGAUGCAGAAGUUGGUGAAACGCAAAGGACCAUGGGAUUUACCUUUAGGGUUUCUGGACUACGUCGCCAUGGAUAUGUAUUCUUUCCCAGCAGCCCACGCCAGCCGAGCUGUCAUGGUGUGCAAGUUCCUACUGAACCACCUGGUGCUGGCGGUGCCACUCAGGAUCCUGCUCUACCUGUGGACCUUCCUGGUGGGCGUGUCCCGGGUGCUGCUGGGUAAACAUCACCUGUCGGACGUGGGCUGUGGAUUCGCUCUGGGCUUCUUGCACUUCAGUUUGGUGGAGUCUGUUUGGCUGGAUUCUGCUACCUGCCAGACCCUCAUCUCCAUUGGUACACUGCGCUGGACUCCACUGGUUUAGAACUAGGUCAGACUGGUUCAGGACUGGAGCAAACUGAUUCAGGUAGCAGUAAGACUGCUACAGACUUGGGCUGCUCCAGUUUGGAAUGGUUUUCACUAAUACUGUUAGAUUGGCCCCUUUUCACCACCAGCAUUCUACUCUUGAUUCUACUGGUCUAAACUAGGUGGAACUGGUUCUGAGUGGUCUCAACUGAUAUAGACUGAUAUAGAUUGGUGUGGACCUUUCUGGAAUAGUUCCGCCGGGUUAACGGUGCUAAGUUUAACUGGUUUUGACCCAUCUAAACUAGCUUCAAAUAGUGUAUUUUGACCAGAUCUACACUGGGUUUGUCUUAGCCACAGUCCGUGCCUGGGUCACAGUAGUAGACCAAACCUGUUCCAGUCCAGUCUAGACUAGUUUAAUCCACUGGUUUAAACAUGAUUUAAAACCAUAACUGACAAAUCUCCUGUUUACUAGAACUAGUUUGGACAGGUUUAGGUAAUUUUCUAAAUGUCUCAUAGCAGUUGUAAUCCACUCAGGAUGAUUUUAAAUGGGUGGGAACUGGUCCUACACUGGAUUUUCCCAGUUUAAACUAGUCUGGACCUGGAUAUAAUUAUUAAAGUAAUGGAUAGAUGUGUAAGUUCAGAGAAUGAGCUCUGGUUCUGGUUUACAUUUCUGAGGUUCUGACUGGGUUUGGUGGUUCUAGUUUCUGGAUUUAUCUGGUCUUUAACUGUAAAGAGAUGAGUGGUGUCUCAGGUAUUGAACAGAAAGUGUCUCUGGUCAGACUUCCUGUUUUCAACACAACUUAAGUAUUGGCAGAUUUGCUGAUGAAAUUUUGUGAACAUGCAAACAUUUUGCUCUUCUUUUUGUUUUGUAAAGCAGUUGUCACGGUAACAGAAAGAGUGGCAGGAAGUGCAAAAACCAAAUUCAGUUUUUGAUACAAAAGCUUGACUGAGAUAAUUUUUCUGGACUUUUCAGUGACUAAGUUUUAUGUCUAAACUUUAGAGAAACUUUGUACAGGUGAAAAUGAUGGAGUGAAAAUUAAUUUAAAUCUUUUCCUGUUCAGUGGAUAACAGAAGUUAAAUUCUCAGUAAUUCAUUAAAAAGUUUCCU